AAAGCUGAUCCCAAAGGCAUAUUUGUGGCCGAAGACACCGAUACAGGCAAACUAUUGGGAUAUGUGGCCGCUGUUAACCUAACCGAUGAUUUUUCAUUCAUUGGCGGAUAUUGUGUUCGUCCGGAAUAUAGGGGACACGGAAUCGGACAAAACAUAUGGAAUACAGGAAUGGCACACAUGGGGGACAGGAAUGUCGGAGAAUUUGCGUUCACUUACAAGAUGUUUGAGAUAUAUAGGGAUUUCCAUAAUUUCAAGUGUAUUCCCGAUAGACAUGCCGUACAUUUUAGAGGACCGUAUGAACCGAAUGAAGACAUAAUUGACAAAAUCGAUGGCAUUUCGUUGGUGCCCAUCAAUGAGACCAAUCUUCGGGCUGUGAUUGAAUACGAUAAAGACAUGUAUGGCUUCGAUAGAGGCGUUUAUAUCAAAGGACUCUCUAAGAGUCCCGAA